AAAAAAAAAAAAAAAAAAAGACCCUUCUCGGACAAUAUGGCUCACACUCAGCCGUCACCCACCGGGGCUGUCACCCCUCAUCAUGCCCACAUCGCGGCUCAUGCCCAAGUCAAUGGCCACAUUCCCCUGCAGUCGCAGGGCCAAAAGGGCCCACCGCUGAACACCGCGCAGAAAAUCGCCGCGCUCAAUGAGCAGGUCUGGCUUCAGAUCGGAAGCUUGACGGAAUUGAUGGGCGACCUCGAAGGCGCCAUGAAUGCGUAUGAACAGGCACUGCGACAUAACCAGUGGUCCAUUCCUGCAAUGAACGCCAUCUCGUGCAUCCUCCGAACCAAGGAACAAUUCGCCAAGGCAGUCGAAUAUCUCCAAAAUAUCUUGAAAUUGGACCCGACAAGCGGGGAAACCUGGGGCAGCUUGGGCCACUGUCAUCUGAUGAUGGACAAUCUGCAAGAUGCGUAUACCUCCUACCAACAAGCCCUGUAUCACCUUCGGGAUCCUAAGGAGCCAAAACUCUGGUAUGGAAUUGGAAUACUCUACGACCGCUACGGUUCUCUCGACCAUGCCGAGGAGGCUUUCUCCCAGGUUAUGCGUAUGGCCCCGGACUUUGAAAAGGCCAACGAAAUCUACUUCCGCUUGGGCAUAAUAUACAAGCAGCAGCAGAAAUUCAGCAACAGUCUGGAUUGCUUCAAGUAUAUCGUCAGCGACCCUCCUCGCCCUCUUACUGAGGAGGAUAUUUGGUUCCAGAUUGGACACGUUCAUGAACAGCAGAAGGAUUUUGAAUCGGCCCAGGCUGCCUACCGACGAGUGUUGGACCGUGACCCCAACCAUGCCAAGGUCUUGCAGCAACUUGGCUGGCUUUAUCACCAGCAGAGCGCUAGCUAUGCAAGCCAAGAAAAGGCCAUUGAAUAUCUUGAAAAAUCGGUUAAUGCAGACAACACUGACGCACAGAGUUGGUAUCUGCUUGGCCGUUGCUAUAUGUCGCAGGCCAAGUAUCCCAAGGCGUACGAAGCUUACCAGCAAGCCGUCUAUCGCGAUGGCCGGAACCCUACCUUCUGGUGCUCGAUUGGUGUGCUCUACUACCAAAUCAACCAGUACCGUGAUGCCUUGGACGCCUACUCCCGUGCUAUCCGUCUGAACCCGUACAUCUCGGAAGUUUGGUAUGAUCUCGGUACUCUGUACGAAUCCUGCAACAACCAAAUUGCCGAUGCUCUCGACGCCUAUGGCCGCGCUGCCGAUCUUGAUCCCACGAACGUUCACAUCAAGGCACGCUUGCAACUGCUCCAGAGCCAACUUUCAGGUUCCAGCCAGAGCAGUGCUCCUCCUCAGCCGCAGGAUGUCCAUCCUCAAGCCUACCAAACUGGUGUUGGCGGUCCUCCGCAAUGGGGUGCGCCGGCUCCCACUGGCGGUCCUCCUCCGCAGCCUCCUGCCCCUCCCAGGCAGAUUGCGGAUUGGAACCGCGGUAUCAAUGAACUCCAGUCACACGCUCAGGCUCAGGCCCAGGCGCAAGCCCAGGCUGCCCACGCUGCUCAGGCUCAAGCUCAAGCCCAAGCCCAGGCUCAAGCUCAGGCACAGGCACAGGCACAGGCUCAAGCCCAAGCCCAGGCACAAGCGCAGGCGCAAGCCCAGGCUCAGGCCCAAGCAGCCAACGGCUUCGAUCACCGUGAUGCUGUCCGUGGCCCGGCCCAACCUAGCCCGCGCCAGGAGCCCGGCAGGGUGUUCCCCGAUGCGGUCCGCGCCCCAUCUGCCGUUCGUUCUCCCAAGACGGCCAUGGCUGGCGCGUAUCAUUUACCUCAAAUCACCAAUGCUCCCGCACCAUCCCACGAGCGAGUUCCUAGCGGCUCGGGUGCCUUCCCAUCCGCCACCCGCGGACCCUUGCCCCCUGCUGCUGCUCCCAGCGGUCCUGGUGCGCCUAGCGGUCCUCCUUCGUCUGGCCCGAUGCCUCAUUACCACCGACCGUUCUCUCCAAACCCAGAUAUCCGGCCGAUUCGCGAUGAGCGGCCUUCUUCGCCUGGUUCGACUUAUCCUCACCAACAGUUCCACUAUGGUCCUAUCCCAGCAGGCGGCAACAGUGGCAUUGCAGGGGGUGCUCCGCCGCCGGCAUCCGCGAUCGCUGCCGCCGAAGCAGCUGCCCGGGAGCGUGAGGAUCGUCCCGCAUCAGCAAUGAAGCGUAGCAGGGAAUGGGAAGCUGAUAUUGGUCCUAUCAAGAAGAUCGCCAAUGAAGAGAGCCGCGCUCGUCUCGACGACCAAGCCAGUCGUCGCGUCACCCCACCAAACCGCAUGCCGUCCCCCGGAGAAAUGCAGCGCCGUAGCUCAUCGGAAGCUAGACGCGAGGAGCAGCGUCGUGCGAACGAAGAAUAUCAUCCGUCCGAGGCCGCCCACCAUCCCCCAACGCUUCCAUCUAUCCAGCACAUGCCCCCUCAAUCCGGCUCGAGUCUUCCUCCCAUGGCUGAGAGCUCUGCUCCAGCCUCUAACGGAUCUCAGUCUGGACCGCCAUCGGCUCAGGUCAAGGAAGAACCUGCUCGUCCCGAGCAGCCUCCUGCCCACGAGCCUGCCGCGCGGAAGAUGGACGUGGAUGAAGAUUAUGAUGACGAUGGGGAUGAUGAGAAGCGGGCUAGCACUGCCGCCAAGGGAAGCCCCAAUGGUAGCAAUGCCAACGGCAACGGAGUGCAAGCUUCUCAGGCUAAGCAGGAGCCCGCAGCUUAAGAAACUCCUGUUAUAUACUCGAUUGAUUUUUUUUUUUUUUUUUUUUUUUUU